AGUGCGGCCUUGCGGACUGAAGAGCGGUGCCAACAAAGGCCGAGUCGAUGGGGUUACAAAAAGAAUAAUUUGGACUAGUAAAACCCUUUUGUUGUAGUAAUUAUAAUUUUAUAUAGGUUGUGAAUCUGUGAUUACGUUUAAGAAAAUGUGUGAAUGAUAUGAAUCGUGACGGCUAGCAAAGGAGUCAGCUGGUCAACAGUGCGAAUAGUGAAUAAGAAAUGGCGGCCUUGCCAGCAGGUGUUCAGUAUGGGUUAUCAUCAGAGUCUAGUUAUAAAGAAAACAAGGAACUAGUGUUUGUGAAAUUAACGGAUUCUGCGCUAAAAGCUAUCGAAGAUUUCAUUAGGAAUAAUAGGGACAAAUUGGUUAAACCUAAAAUACAGUUCCUACCUGGAAAUGAAGGGAAAAUCUCGAUCCCGGCUCCUGCCAAUGGCAAUGGAUCAACAGGCGAAGCUACAUUUCACUUCAGCGUCAAUAGCAAUGCAGAAAUGGAGGGUCCACAGGGUUCGUUCGAAUGCGUCAGGAGUGGCGGCGCGCGGCGGCUGGAGUCGUGCGGGCCGCUGCCGCGAAAGAUGCGCGUGCACGCGAAUGACGACUCAUAUGAGGCGACUAAGGACCGAAUGGCGAGGACAGUCGCGGCGGAGCAGAGCAAAUGCACCCGCGUAAUCAAGCCCAACCUAACGGACAUUGGGCGUGUAAAAGUGCGUCCGGCGAACCAAAACUUAUACUCAUCAACGGCGGCCCGUCUCGUUGCCGAGCGGGCGGAGCGCGAACGGGAACGCGAACGUGAGCGGGAACGCGAGCGGGAGCGUGAGCGUGAACGAGAGCGUGAGAGGGAACGGGAACGGGAGAGGGAGCGCGAGCGGGCAGAGCGCGCCGCACCACCUGCCCCGCGGCCCCAACCCGCACCACACCCCCCCGCGCACCCCCCACAGCCGCAACGGCCCCCGCCCAACCCGGAUCUCACUAGACGGUCUAUAAAGGAAAGACUUAUACAGUUAUUAGCGUUGAAACCUUUCAAGAAACCCGAACUAUACGCGAGACUCAUUAGCGAGGGUAUCAAAGAGAAGGAACGCGGUCUGGUGAACAAGAUACUGCCACAGAUAGGCUCGCUCAAGGACAACUCAUACCAUUUACGUAGGCACAUAUGGAACGACGUCAAUGAAGAUUGGCCGUUCUAUUCAGAGGAGGAAAAACAUAUGCUCAAGAGGCGGAAACCUCAAAAUUUAACGCCGCCGCUAAGUAGCGAUUCGGCGCAUUCUCUAUCGCCGCGAGCGUCCCCCAGUGCGAAUAAAAGGCCGAGUACUAAUGCGGACGAGAUGCCAUCUAAGAAACAACGCAUCUCACAUUACAGGCGGCCGUCGCCUCCGUCGUCCGGAUACGCGACGACAUCGUCCGGCGAAAGGCACGCGUCCGACAACGAGGACGAGCGGCCCGGCACGGGUACAGUGUGCCCGCCUGGGUACACGCACGUGCCCGCCGUAGAUGUCACCAACGUGGAACAGAGCAAACCGCGCCCGCCGCAUAGACGCGUCUCGCCCCACGCUAACACUAAUGUAGACCGGCACUGUUCCGACGACGACGACAAGACGCAAGUCAAGAAAGAGAAUGGUUACACCUUAAACUACACCACUGUUAAGGAUCUCUGUCCCAGUCCUGUCAAGACGAACGGUUUUAGAAAUAGUCCUACAGUAGAGCAAACUAGUAUCACAGUAAAAGACAUCACAAAUACGGAACCUUUAGAAAAUACGGAAUUAUCGUCCGUGGCUGACGAGAAAAUGACUGAUCCAGAAGACAUUGAAAGGCAAUAUCCGCCAAUAACGAGUUCGAGUACGCGUCGCGCUUAUAAGAACGAGUUUGCGGAGUUAUACAAGGAGUAUAGAACAUUGUACGAGCGAGUGGCUGAAGUGGCCAAGCUAUUUACAAGGCUCGAGCAAAAGCUGCAACGAGCUCAACCACACUCGCCUGAUCAUCAGAACAUUGAGCAGCGUAUCCAGGACGAGUACAGGCGCGUAAGCAACGAUCCAGCGUAUCAGCAGCAGCGGCGGCGGGUCAACUUCCUCCAUCGCAAACUGACUCACAUCAAACGGAUGGUCUACCAGUACGAUCAUUUGGUGGACUAUGUUGCCGUAUCAACGUGAGUACUCGUUCUAUCUCGAUUUCCAAACGCACGGAACCUGGAGGGUCUACAUGGAGAUUCACGAGGAAGAGUGUCAAGAAACUUCAGGCAACUUCAUAUCAAGCUUAUAUGUUAUAAACAGGGUAUAUUUUUGAAUGGCCAAACAAAAUGCUUGCUUGAUAUGCGGUCUCCUGUUUUUAUUUUAUAUAUUGUAAUAUAAUAUUUAGUUAUAGUAAGUUAUGCCCAAAGUCUUGUUUCAAAACUUUACUAAUAUUUUGUUUAAAUUGUAAUGCACCAAACAUAAAGAGAAUCCAAUGCGAAUCUCUCGUGUGCAAUACUUGUUUAUAUACCAUUUUUAAUAAUUUCCGUUAAUUACUUAUCAUUGGGAUUUAUUAAUUGUUACUAAUCCUACGUAAUAAAUACGAUGAUUAUUUU